AUGCGUACUACGUAUGGAAGAGAGCUGAAAAAGGUGAAUGCUUCCAAGCAAACAGGAUCAGGGUCUAAUGACAUCUAUGUACCAUCGGUUUGGUAUUAUCGUCUCUUCGAAUUCCUAGAGGGGACGACGGAGCCAUGCCGGCCUGGUACGGUUACUUUGGAUGAGAUCCAAUGGUCACCAGAGAUGUCAGCAUCAACAUCAUCGGAACAAAUUAUAAAUACAGAAAUAUGUGAAAAAGAGGUGCCCAAGGUCUCCACAAAAAUUUCACAGCCCAAAAAGCAGAAAAUGUCUAUACAAAGUAGACAAGAAAAACUGCUGGAUUCUGCUCAGAUACUAAUGACUCGACAAGAUGACGACUGGGACAUUAUAGGAAAGUCAAUAGGCGUUCAAUUGAAAAAUCUGAGUACCCAUCAACAACCAAUUGCCCAAAAAAUUAUCAAUGAUGCCCUAUUUUACGGAAAACUUGGCAAAUUGACAGACGAAUCUAUUAUCACUUUAUCUCCACAACACACAGCAUCAAAUCCUUCUCGCAUUUCACAUCGCUCCUAUCAUUUUUCCUCUGGCUCUUCGGUGACAAAUUCAUCGCCCCAACCAUAUUAUCAACAAUAUCCAGUACAGCCGUCCCCUCAAUCAUCUACACAAUAUAUGAUACCACAGUCCCCUCAAGCAUCUCUACAACAUACGAGCUGGAGAGUAUUUUAUAAUGAAUACAAGUCUAAGCUCAGGAGGGUAAAAAAACAAAAGGCCGAAAUUCAGGCUACAGGAGGUGGCCCCGCAGCUAACAUCACCUUGACACCAUUACAGGAGCGACUGUAUGAUAUUAUUGGUAGAGAUGUUGGGGAACCUCUAGAAGGUGUCCGUCACAAUCCCCUAUUUACAUAA